AAAAGCCCCUUCUUCUCCCCGCGCGGUCUCCCAGCUCCGGCAGCGUCGGCAGAGAGGCCCUUUCUUCCCCCACCUCCGCCAAUGGGCUGGAGCCGGCGGGGCCCGAGCGCUUGGCUGCCGUCCACCGGCACUGCCAAGGAAUGUGGGAAAGGGGAAAAAUAACACAGUGCAGCGAGCGCGGGCGAUGCAGCCAGCUCCGGGCGCCGGGAGGACACCGGGAGGCCGUGGCGCAGACUGGGGACCCCCAUCCACCCCCCAGGCCAUGGAGCGCCGGCCGUCGUGGCGGGUUGCCUAGCAAGGGGCCACAGCAAAGACCCCGCCGGCAGGGAGCAAGACCCCCGGGGCUCCAGUCCUGCUCUCCCGCUGACUGCUUUUCAUCGCUCUCCCCGGCCCGAAAAUGCUGACGAUCAAGUUGCCCCAGAUCUUCAGGGUUCACCAAGUCCCUCGUAUCUUUUGGGAGGAUGGCAUCAUGUCGGGGUACCGGCACCCCAAGAGCUCGGCCUUGGACUGUAUCCUCAGCUCCUUCCAGAUGACCAAUGAGACCGUCAACAUCUGGACCCACUUCCUGCCCACCUGGUACUUCGUGUGGCGGUUCCUGGCGCUCUCGUCCUCGCUGGACUUCUGCCAGGAUGCCUACCACUGGCCCUUCCUUGUCUACCUGCUGCUGGUCUGCCUGUACCCCUUCACCUCCAGCUGUGCCCACACCUUCAGCACCAUGUCCCCCCACGCCCGCCACAUCUGCUACUUCCUCGACUACGGGGCGCUCAGCCUCUACAGCCUGGGCUGCGCAUUCACGUACGGCGCCUACGCCAUGCCGGAUGCCUGGGUGAACAGCGCCUUCCACCACUGCUUCGUGCCCGUGGCCGCGCUCAACUCCUUCGUCUGCACCACGCUGUCCUGCUACUCCCGCUUCCUGGAGCUGGAGUUCCCACGGCUCAGCAAGGUGCUGCGCACGACGGCCUUCGUCUACCCCUUUGUCUACGACAACGUCCCGCUCUUCUACCGGCUCCUGUUCUGCUUCGGGGAUGACCGCGCCUGGACCGAGGCUGUGGCCGGCUACUGCUACCACCUCUUCUUCGCCCUCCUCACCGGCUUCCUCUUCGCCUCCCACCUGCCAGAGCGCCUGGCACCCGGGCGCUUUGACUACAUCGGUGAGGUGGGGGGUGAUGCCAGGGGCCGUGGGGCAUCGUGCCAGGGGCUGGCGCUGACCCCCCCACCUCUUCGCAGGGCACAGCCACCAGCUGUUCCACAUCUGUGCCGUGGUGGGCACCCACUUCCAGCUGGAGGCCGUGUUGGCCGACGUCUGCGGGCGCCAGGCCUGGCUGGGGGCCCGCGCGCCUGCGCCCACCUUUGCCCACACCUUUGGCACCGUGGGGGCAGCCGCCCUGGGCAAUGGCGCCAUCAUCGCUGCCUUCACGGCCGCCCUGCUCCGCGUGCCCGCCGCGGCCCCGCUCCUGCAGGGCUCCAUGCCCGAUGGGACCCAGCCCAAGGAGCAGUGACGCAGCCCCCAGCCCCCAGGACAGUGUGUGGGGUGGGAGCAACUCGCACCCAGGACCGGCGGCCGCACGUGGAGUGGAGACCCCAGGCGUCCUGAGGCUGCCUCUUGCUCUGCCCAGCAAAGGACCCCAGGAGUCCCGGCCUGCUUUUUGCUAGGGAAGGAGCCCCGGUGUCCCGGCCCCUCUGCGGGCACCGGCCCCAGGAGAGGAACGCAGGCGUCCCGGCUCCCUCUUAGCCAGGUGAACCCCAGGCUGGGGCUCUGCAGUCUUAAUUCAUCUCUGACCCCCUACAGAGGGGGCGUGGGCAGGUGGGGUGGCCUAGGAUAAGUCUGUCCUGAUGGGCCUCAGUUUUCCUGUCUGUACAUGGGGCUAACACCACUUACCCCUCUGGCCUCAACCUGCUGGGUGCUGCGGGCCUUGGCCUGAGCCUGGCAGGGCCCAGAGGCUUGCACAGGGGCUGGGCAUCACGCUCAGUCCUGCCAGUGUCGGCACAGUCAGAGUCUGCCACCUGCGCCCACGGCAUCACCCCUCCCAGGGCAGCUGCCCCCAUGGCUCACGGGGUCCUGCACUGUCCUGGUCCCCCCACACACCGCCUUGAGGGGCUGGGGUCAGGAACGGGGUGUGGGAGCAGCAAGUCGAGGGCAGGGGGGGUUGGAGGGGUGGGGAGAGGCCAGGUCCGGUUUGAGCUGGGCUGGGUUAACCUUAGUGAGGGGGUGUGUGUGUGUGUGUGUGCGUGCAUGCAUGGGUGUUCACAUUGGUGUGUGUGCAGAAGUAUAUGUGCACAACAUGUAUAUGUUCAGGUGUGUGUGCGGGCACAUCUGUGUGCAUAUUCAUAUGUCUCUGUGUGCAUGUCUGUGUGUGCCUGCAUUUGUGUGGGUGUGUUCACACCUGUGUGUACAUGUGAGUGCACAUUUGUCUGUGGGUACACGUUUGUGUGUGUGGACACGUGUGCAUGUCUGUGUUCACAUGCAUGUGCACAGAGGUGUGCACGCGUGCAUGUUUACCUUUGUGUUCUUACACGUGUGUGCGCGCGCACCUGUUUGUGUAUGCACGUGCACACAGAGGGGUGUGGCUGCACGUGCAUAUCCAUAUGUGCGUGCACACGUGUGUGCAUGUGUUAGAGCCAGAGGGAAGAGCUGGCCAGUGUCAGGGAGGCCGUGACCUGGGCAGAGCUCAGCUGGGCACAGCCAGGCCCUGCCCCGGGGUAGCUGCCCAGAGAGCGGGGCCUAGAGGCCGCCCCAGGUCUGUCCCUCACGGCCGUUGCUUCCACCCUCUCCCCUACCCUCCCUUCCCCUCCCUGGUCUGGCCCCAGGGGCAAGUGUUGCUGCCCCGAGCCCACAGGUCGGGGGGACAGGACCCACCCUGCAGAGUCCCCGGUGCCUCGGCUCUGCCACCAUGGGCAGGGUGGACGGGGGCACCGGAGCAGGCCGGAGCCGGACAGGACGUGGCCAGAG